UUUUUUUUUUCUAACAUGCGACUUAAUGGAUACAUGAAAGGACUUGUGAAUUUAAAAGCGCCGUUUGUGGAUUACAUACGCUAGAUAUUAGAUGUAGUGGACCGGUAUGAGUUGUCGUUGUUGUCCUAACGUUCAGUUCGGGACUAGUUAAAUGAAGUGGACAUGGAUAAUACCGGUUGUGGAAUACAUGCAAUUUUUCAUUUAUUCAUUAUAUGGCUCUCAGUGUGCCCUUUGUGCUCUCAGGGAACUUGGAUGUGGUUGGGCAUCACAUCUGUAGGAGUGCCCGAGAAGUUGGGUUGCGCGCAUUUGCCCCUGUCGCACAAGCAGAAGGAGCUGUGCGCGCGCAAACCGCACCUUCUACCGAGCGUUAAAGAGGGCGCGCGCCUGGGCAUCACCGAGUGCCAAACGCAGUUCAAACACGAACGCUGGAACUGCUCGACCCGACGGGACCCGAACGUGUUCGGCUACGAGCUCACCAGUGGGACAAAAGAGACAGCAUUUAUCUACUCUAUAAUGGCUGCCGGGCUGGUUCAUGCAGUCACUCGCUCUUGCAGUGCAGGAAAUAUGACAGAGUGUUCGUGUGACACGAGCCUGUUGGGCAGCGGUUCGCCUACAGAGGGCUGGCACUGGGGUGGGUGCUCCGAUGACAUCGCCUUUGGUACACUGUUCAGCCGGCGCUUCAUCGAAAAUGCGGUAAAGAACACAUCAGCCCGUGGUGAGGACGCCCUGCUCACUAUGAACCAGCAUAACAGCGAGGCUGGGAGACAGGCGGUGGCCAAAACGAUGUUGACAGACUGCCGCUGUCAUGGCGUGUCGGGUUCGUGUGCGGUGAAGACGUGUUGGCGCACAAUGGCCCCGUUUGAGCGUGUGGGUGCCUACCUGAAGGAGCGCUACGAGACCAGCGUUCAGGUGGUGGAGCGCUCCAAGCGCAAGGUGCGACGUAAGGACAAAGAUCAACGCCACAUGGCUAUCGAGAAAGAGGAGUUAAUAUUCCUCAACAAAUCGCCAAAUUACUGCUUGGAGGACCGACGGUUGGGCGUGACGGGGACCAGGGGCCGCAGGUGUAACAGAACUUCAGUCGGGCCGGACGGCUGCAACCUGCUGUGCUGUGGCCGGGGCUACAACACACACGUGGUACGACACGUGGAGCGCUGCGAGUGUAAGUUCGUCUGGUGCUGUUACGUUCGGUGUCGGCGCUGUGAGACGAUGAACGACAUGCACACUUGCAAGUAGAGCAACUACUUGGGGAGGGUUGGAAAGACAAGACCUCGUGAGAGGAAGUGGACCUUCUUUGCGCCGUUGGCCCUAUCAAACAAGUACUGUAUGUUGACAAAAUAUCCAUGGCAACCAGAAAUCCACAGCAAAAACCUGGGAGAAACGGUAUAAUCCCCUUUAAGUACACAUGCGUAGCUCUUCCCAUGGGCUUCAAAUGGGAAUCAAGCCAUUUUGUAUAUAAUGACUGUGGAAUAUAACUGGAGCAUAAAGGGAACUGAAAUACUGAACUGCAGAGAAAAGUCUAAAUAGAUGAGUUUUGGGGGGGGGGGGGGGGGU